AGAAGAAUUGAGGAAGUAAUGUGGUCAGGAAAAUGGCAGCCUACAGAUAUAGUUUUGUAUUGUUACUGGGUUUUGUAGCGUUGGCAUCACAUUUUGCAUGUGCUUCAACCCCGAAUAAUUUGGAUGGUAUUACAGAGAAACCGAAAUCCGUAGAUGGACCAGACAGUGUGCCGGCUGAAAGCGCUGACACAAGGGAAUCGUCGAGACAGGACGGCAUUAGCCCCAGUUCUGAAGCCCUGGACGCGGCCAGCCGGUGGGAGGCAACAGAGGUGGAUCUCAACACAGUUUCUUACAAUGGUGAGAAAGCGGCAGAAAACCUCCGAGAUGAGGCGGCAGAAAUGUAUGAUUCUGCACAUCAACUGUAUAACGACCAAUUUGAAGAAGAGCUGGUUAUCAGACCCCUUCAUUCUGGAGACAUCUAUUCAAGCUUUCAGUUCCGCACCCGCUGGGACACGGACUUCUUUCAGAAAGGGAAAAAAGUGACAGAUUACCGGCUGUUCCCCAAGUCUCUGGGUCAGGUCAUCACAAAGUUUUCGGUUCGCGAGCUGCACAUCUCAUUCACCCAAGGCUUCUGGCGGACCAUGCAGUGGGGGCAGCCCUUUCUGUCGGCUCCCCCAGGUGCGGAGCUCUGGGUCUGGUUUCAAGACACUGUCCCAGAUGUGGAUGGGGCCUGGAAGGAGCUCACAAAUGUUCUGUCCGGAAUCUUCUGUGCAUCUCUGAAUUUCAUCGAUUCUACCAACACUGUGCAGCCCAGUGCCUCCUUCAAACCUCUGGGAGUGGGAAAUGUGACCAACCAUAAGUUCCUAAGAUAUGCUGUGUUGCCACGGGAGAUCGUGUGCACUGAAAACCUGACGCCAUGGAAGAAGCUUCUGCCCUGUGGCUCUAAGGCUGGUCUGGCGGUUCUGCUGAAGUCAGAGAAGCUUUUCCACAGCAGUUUCCACUCUCAGGCUGUGCACAUCCGGCCUGUGUGCCAGGAUUGGCAGUGCACGUCCACAGCGUGGGAACUUCGGCAGACUCUGAGUGUGGUCUUCGACCUCUACACCUCCGGACAGAGCCGAAGGGAGUGGUCCCUGUUCAAGAUGUUCUCUCGCACGCUGACGGAGGCCUGUCCCCUGGCCUCCUCCAGUAAGAUCUACGUGGACGUCACGGACAACAGCCAGGGGGAGCUGUUUGAGCAGAGCCCAGCCUCCCCGAUCCUCAGUCAGGCAGUGGUGCUGGGAGACCGCAGGACCUACUCUGUGUAUGACCUCCUGACCCCCGACACCUUCGGAACACCGCGAUCCCUCAACAUUCAACUGCGCUGGAAAACAUCGGACGCUGCUGCAGGCCUGCGGCCUCUCUUGCACGGCGAGCGCUACGUGGCUGGGUAUGGCCUACAGACUGGAGAAAUCCACACCCUCAUCUACAACAACCACCCAUACCGUGCCUUUCCCAUCCUGCUGCUGGACAGCGUCCCCUGGUACCUGCGUCUGUAUGUCCACACACUGGCCGUCACCAGCAAGAACCGCGAAAACAAACCCAGUUACAUUCACUACCAGCCCUCUAAGGACCGGCUGCGCCCCCACCUGCUGGAGAUGCUCAUUCAGCUGCCCCCCAACUCCGUCACCGAGGUGACCGUGCAGUUUGAGCGAGCACUGCUCAAGUGGACCGAGUACACCCCCGACCCAAACCACGGCUUUUACGUCGGCUCCUCUGUCAUUAGUGGCCUAGUGCCAAGCAUUGUUGCCAUGGGUACCAACAGCACACAGGAAGGACCUCUGUUCAGCAGCUUCUUCCCCUGUAAAGAGGAGUCCACCUAUUUUGUGCGGGUGUACACGGAACCCCUGCUGGUGACCCUACCCACCCCUGACUUCAGCAUGCCCUACAACGUGAUCUGCCUGACCUGCACCGUGGUCGCCGUGGGUUACGGCUCCCUGUACAACUUGCUGACCCGCACCUUCCAGGUGGAGGAGCCCAGCCCCAGCCUGGCCAAGCGACUGGCCAAUGUUAUCCGCAGAAUCAGGGGCGUCCCGCUGCUCUGAGCCCGCUCAGGCCCAACCAGGGGAGCGUUUCACAAAGCAGCAUUUCUGAGGUAGCUCCGUAACUGAAUAAAACCUGUGACCCUCCCAAAUCUGGCACAUGGACUGAGAUAAAAAGCUGUUCCAGGUUUUACUCUGCAGUGCGGGGGAUUAUUCCAGGAAAUUUGAACAUGAUGGUGAGCUGUACAUAUUAUAAUAGUAUAAUAUUGUAUAUAUUAAAGCUGGGUCUGAUGAUGGGAGGGGAACAGGGAGCUGGUGUUGAAGCCUGCUGUUGAGGCUGGACACAUGUCUUUGAACGGCCUUUGUCCGCUUGCUGGAAGAUUAAACUGCCAUUAUGGAAAUUACAGCAUAACUGUGGAGACUGUCUGAGGAUGGAGAUUAUGAAAAGGCUGCUAAAUUUGCCCAAUGUAGAAACAAAGCAAAUUCCUGUGGCUUGGAAGGAACAAGGUCUUCCUGCAGCCUCAGUCCUCUGUGUUCCCUGCUUUUGGGGAGGGAACCAUCUCAUGUCUCAGACAUUUCUCAAAUUUUAUUUAUAAUUUUUGUCUCUCAUUCUUUCACAUCACUGUGUAUUUUAGCAGAAAUUGAAACUUGUUUUUUUUGGGUGGAGCCCCAUGUGACUAACCAAACCCAGCUGUGUAACCAGCUCAAGUGAGUCUUUAACCUUUAACAUUCGUUAAACAUACUCCAUAUAUGUUGCCUCAAAGUGUACAUUGAUCAUUUUGAUAAUGCAUCACUCCUUUCCCUCAUACGCUUCCCUUCGGCCCCUUAAAUCUACACGUCUGUCUGAGCCAAAGUUAAUAUGUGAACAUUGUACAGUCAGUCAGUGGGAACCACAUCAUGGGUCAGACUUCCUCACCCAGACCCUCAGGAGCCUCACAGGAAGGACUGCAUGUUUCCUUGUAGAUGGUUCCCAUUUUGCAUUGGUGUGUGUUGUUGUUGUUUUUUUUCUUUUUUUUUUCUUUUCUGCACUGGCUAUGAUUUCCAUGUCACAAUUAUGUUUUGGGUUUGUACAAAAUGGGUAUUUAUUUGUCUGCUUUCAAUAAACUGGGCGAGACAUCA